CUGUCUUCUUCUUCGACUUCUUCCAUUCUUGAGCUACUGCGAAUUCAAGGAAGACAUGGACGAGCAGUGGAUGAUUGGGCAGACUUCCCUCAGCCUCGGCCUCAACGUCGGCGGGCCGCGAGGCGCCCCUUCGGUGACCAGGGUCCUCCUGGAGGAGGACUUCAUGUCCUCCAAGAAAAAUCACGAGGUUGAGGCGCUGGAGGCUGAGCUCCGGCGAGUGGGCGAGGAGAACAGGAGGCUCAGCCACAUGCUCCGCGCGCUGGUGGCCAAGUACGCCGACCUGCAGUGCAAGGUCAGCGGCACGAUGGCGGCGGCCAACAACCAUCACCAGUCGUGGACGACAUCGGAGGACGGCUCAUCGGCCUCGGCGACCAGAAAGCGCGCCCGCAGCGACAGCCUCGACACGGCCAGCCGCAACCCUUCACCGCCGCUCGCCGCGGCCGGCAGCAGCGGCCGCUUCGCCGUCAGCGUCACCGUCGGCCCCGACCAGGCGGAGUGCACGCCCGUCCACGAGCCCUGCAACAGCAAGCGCGUCCGCGCCGACGAGGUCAAGGCCAGCAGGGUCUCCAAGCUCUACGUCCACGCCGACCCCUCCGACGUCAGCCUCGUGGUGAAGGAUGGGUUCCAAUGGCGGAAAUACGGGCAGAAGGUGACCAAGGACAACCCGUGCCCGAGGGCCUACUUCCGGUGCUCGUUCGCGCCGUCGUGCCAGGUGAAGAAGAAGGUGCAGCGCAGCGCCGAGGACAAGACCAUGCUUGUGGCCACGUACGACGGCGACCACAACCACGCACCGCCGCCCAAGCAACAAGGCUCUGGUGGCAGGAAGAGGGGCGACGCAGCCGCCGUCCGCGUAUCAGCUGCGCCGGUGCUUGUCCAGCAGCAGGGGAAUCAGGAAGCUUCGACGGCGGAGCAGGUGGCCGAUAGGAAGAACCUGGCGGAGCAGAUGGCGGCGACGCUGACGAGGGACGCCGGGUUCAAGGCGGCACUCGUGUCGGCGCUCUCUGGUCAGAUCCCUGUUGCCUGACCGGAAAGCUGCCAGCACAAGAGAAUAUACUCAGGAAAACAUUUUUGAAGAAAGAGGGCCGGUGCAUGACUUUCACCUACGGCGAUAGCCCUGGCAAGAGCGGCACCUCGACGGCCACGGCGACCACGGACGCAUCCCUGACAAGAGCGGUGCCCGUUCGUGUCUGGAUGGUCCACGUGGGCGUCACGGUGGCUUCUUCGACGAUGGCUGCCCUGAUGAAUGCCGCCGCGGUGAUGGCACCUUCAUUGAUCGCGGCAGACCUGGCGAGAGGCCCCGCAGUCGCUCCGACCGAGGCAGUCCCGCCGGUCGCCGCCGCGAAACCUGUGGAAAUCAUCAACUUGACGAGCUCCUCUGAAAACUUCUGAGCCGAGGAAGAUCAUGACAACAAUAGUGGCACGACUUUUUUGUAUGCAUACCAUGACGUAAUGUAUAUUUUAUGCAGUUCAUCUACAUGUAAACUGGUGAACUGUUUGUAAAACAGUGAGCGUAUGAACUGAUGUCGAAU